AUGGCUAGCAUUCCGGAAUUUCCGAAAUUUGAAGUUUACAGUGAUGAACAGUCUGCAGGUGUAAGAUGGAACAAAUAUGUCGCGAAAUUAGAGAAUUUAUUUGUGGGAAUGAACAUAGACAAAAAUAAAAGAAAAAAGGCAUUGUUAUUACACUACUCCGGAGAUGAAGUAUUUGAAAUAUACGAGACGCUCCACCUUGGAACUACCGACGACAAUUAUACAGAAACAAAAUCUGCGCUUCAUGACUACUUCAUGCCAAAAAAGAAUAAAGAAUUCGAAAGAUUUGAGUUUAGAAAUCUGAAGCAAAAUCAAGGCGAAACAAUAGAUAUGUAUGUAACGAAAUUACGUCAGAAAGCGGAACAUUGUGAAUACAGUGAUAAGGAUGGUGAAAUUAAAAGUCAGAUAAUACAAGGAUGCGUAUCAAAGAAAUUAAGAAUUAAGUGCUUAGAAGAAGAAAAGGAAUUGAAAGACAUCCUAAUUUUAGCAAGAAGUAUGGAAAUGGCGGAAAAACAAGCACACGCAAUGGACAGACAUGACAGUCUUCCGGUAAACAAAAUUAAGAAACAUCCUUCCCAGCGACGAAAGUCUGAAAAUCCUGCUUAUCAGAAAGAAAUACAGAAGUGUAGAAACUGCGGAGGAACUUAUCCACAUGCGCGAAAAUGCCCAGCCCUUGGCGCAAAAUGCAAUUACUGCCAUAAAAGAAACCAUUUCAUUGGGGUAUGUCGUAAACGGCUGAAUUCAAAAGGACAACUACACGAAAUAUCCGAAAAUAACAAUGGCUAUGAAACCAACAGUGAAGACGAAUCUUGUUCUGAAACGGAUGUGGCUUUUGGACUUAGUGUUGUAAAGAAAAUUUCAAACAAAAAAGUGCCAAAAGUAAACUUAAAAGUAAAUGGUGUUGAUGUGACUUUUCUUGUUGACACAGGAAGUAGCUUGAAUAUUCUCGACGAGUCUUUAAUCGACAAAAUGAGACCGAAGCCGAAAAUCCAGAAAACAAAAACAAAAGCAUAUGCAUUCGGUCAAAACAAACCAUUGUCUAUAAAAGGGAAAUACGUAUGUGUCAUAGAAUCGGGUCCUAAAUUCGCAACAACGGAUUUUCAUGUCGUGAACGGUGCAUCGGAAAAUUUGAUAAGUUAUGAAACCGCCGUGGAGCUUGAAAUUGUACCAGUCAUACAGACUAUAUCUAGUAAAAAUGAGAAGUAUUCAGACUUAUAUGACAAAUACAAACCAGUGUUCAAUGUGCUAGGAAAAUUAAAGGAUAAGCAAAUCAAAUUCCAUAUAGACGAAAGUGUAAUACCUACUGCCCAGCCAGCUAGACGCAUUCCGUUUCACGUCCGUGAUAAAGUUGCACAAGAGCUCGAGAAACUUGAAAAACUUGAUGUAAUUGAAAAAGCCACAGGUGCACCCUGGGUCUCGAACUUGGUCGUUGCUCCGAAACCCAAGUCUCCGAAUGAUGUCAGAAUUUGUGUAGAUAUGAGAAAAGCGAAUCUAGCAUUAAAGCGUGAAAGACAUGUCGUGCCUACAGUGGAUGACAUAAUAAUGGAACUAAAUGGCUCCACCGUGUUUUCAAAGGUGGACCUUUACAAAGGGUUCCAUCAGCUCGAACUUUCCGAGGAAUCAAGAAACAUGACCGUGUUCGCAAGCCAUGUUGGACUUUGGAGGUACAAACGGCUAAAUUUCGGUGUAAGUGUAGCCCCAGAAAUUUUCCAAAAUGAAAUACGGCAAGUGAUAAAUGGAUUAAAUGGUGUGCUGAACAUUUCAGAUGACAUAAUCAUUCAUGGGAAAACGCAAACAGAUCAUGACUCGAACUUAGAAGCACUUCUGCAACGGCUACAAGAUAGAAAUCUGACACUCAACAAAGAAAAAUGUGAAUUUGGAAAAAGCAAAAUAAAAUUCUUCGGAUAUGUCUUUUCUGAAUCGGGAAUAUCACCAGAUCCUGAGAAAAUCACUGCUAUCAAGAACGUUGAAAAGCCGAAAAAUCAGGGCGAGGUUCGAUCUUUCCUUGGAAUGACAAAUUACGUGUCAAGAUUUAUUGAAAACUACUCUACAAUCGCAGAACCCCUCAGACGCUUAACACAGCAAAAUCAGCCAUUUGAAUGGACAACACAGCAGGAAAACGCGUUUCAUCAACUGAAAAAUGCAUUAGUCAGUGACAAGGUCAUGGCAUACUUUGACCCGUCAAAACAAACAGAACUGUGGGUUGAUGGAAGUCCUGUUGGUGUUUCUGCGAUCUUGGUUCAAGAAAAUCGAAUCGUGUCAUAUGGAAGUAGGUCACUUACACCCGUAGAGCAACGCUACAGCCAAACAGAGCGUGAGGCAUUGGCUUGUGUUUUUGGUUGCCAGCAUUUCCACCUUUAUUUGUUUGGAAAAGAGUUUACAUUAAUCAGUGAUCAUCGUUGUUUAGAAUCAAUAUUCAAUAACACCAAGCAAAUUCAGUCAGCGCGCCUUGAAAGAUGGAGGUUAAAAUUGACAACUUACAAUUUCAAAGUGAAAUAUCGCGCCGGAAGCCAAAUGAUCUCAGACUACUGCUCCAGACAUCCAGUAAAAGAGCAGCCAAUUGAAAGCUUUGCUGAAGAUUACGUCAGGUUUAUUGCUCACACGUCAGUGCCAAGUUCAUUAACUAUGUCUGACAUCGCAACUGCCACUCAGAAAGAUUGUGUUAUUAAGUGCGUAAUGGACGCGUUACCGAAUAACAGUUGGUCGAAACAAUUAUGUUACCAAGAUGACAGCUUCAGGAGUUAUCAAACUGUGAGCGAAGAGCUAACUGUCGUGUCACUCGAUGAAGGAAAUGUUUUAUUGCGCGGCACGCGACUGUGCAUUCUUGAUUCGCUGCAACAAAAGGUCGUUAAGCUAGCACACGAAGGUCAUCAGGGUCGUGUUCGCUGCAAAGCACUUUUGAGAGAAACAUGUUGGUUUCCAUACAUGGAUACACGUGUAGAUGAAAUGUGUAAAAACUGCAUACCGUGCAUGUCCGCUUCUCCCUCAACAACACAAGAGCCUAUAAAACCCAGUCCGUUACCAAAACAACCUUGGGACGAAGUAUCCGUGGAUUUUUGUGGACCUUUCCCGUCAGGCGAAUAUUUCAUGGUAGUCAUAUGUGACUAUAGCAGAUAUCCUGUUGUAGAAAAACUCCAUAGCCUUUCUGCGCAAACAGUUAUUCCACAUCUUGAGAAAUUAUUCAGUUUGUUUUCUAUCCCAAGUGUCGUGAAAACUGACAAUGGAUCUCCAUUCAACAGUCAAAUCUUCUCGGACUUUGCAGAUCGUUUUGGUUUUAAACAUAGAAAAAUAACACCACUCCAUCCGAUGGCAAACGGUACAGCAGAAGCAUUUAUGAAGCCUUUAGUUAAAACCAUGAAAACCGCAUCAGCAUCAGGAAAGAACUUUAAAACUGAAAUCAGUAGUUUGCUCAUGAACUAUAGGAGUACCCCACAUCCAAGCACUGGGCUUUCUCCGUAUGAACUCAUGUUUAACAGAAAAAUGAAAACAAAACUUCCCCAGUUUUCAGUUUUCAGAAAGGAUAAGUAUGUCAGAGAAAGAGACACUAAAGCAAAGAUGAAAAAUAAACGUUAUGCCGACAUCCGACGGAAAACGAAGUAUUCAACAAUAAAACCUGGAGACAAGGUACUUGUGAAACAAAAUAUAAGGAAUAAACUUGACACACCAUUCAGCUCUUCAGUCGGUAAGGUAAUCUCGAGAAAAGGUUCUAUGGUCACAGUUCAACACAAUGAUCGUACAAUUACCCGUGACAUAUCCCAUUUCAAACCUGUAAACUCAUUUAACGACAGCGACCAGCAUAAAUCCUCUUCCGACGCCGACGGUACCUCACUGCGAAAAUCAGGAAGGAAACGAAGACCCCCUAGAAGGUUUAUAGACGAAUAA